AUGCCCCCCUUCAAGGAUGAGCAUGUGCUCAUCAUUUCACCAGGGUCCCAGAUCACUUCCGCGCAGUUGGGACUGCCCGAAACCUUUACGCCCCCGAAGUUUCGUUUUCCCACUCGCAUGUUUCCUGGCGUCAAGCCGUCAGAAUGGGAGCCCUUGAGGAUUAGAAGCAAGACUGUCAAAGUACCGAAAGUUACGGCGACAGAGACCUUGACCAAUGGUACCACGCCCCCAAAGACCGAGCAGACGAAUGCAGAAGCUAUUGUGCCUGCACCUGCACCAGGCCCUGCACCCGCGGUCGUUGAUGUCGAAAUGCAAGAGGCACCUGUGCUGCUAGAAAAGACCGAAGAAGCUACACCGGCAGCACCAUCAGAUCUUCCGGUACCCACGAACGAAGAACCUCAGGAACCUCCUUUAGAAAAGCCAGCAGAACCGGUAGAUCCAGCUCAGGGACAGGAACAGACUAGCGAUGCCAAUGCCAAUUCUACGGAAGAAAAGCAGGAAGUGGCGCAGGAUGAACAGGAGGCUGAGCCACAAGAGACGACACAGAUUGUUGAGGAGGAUUCCAUCGAGACCUUUGAAGAUGAUCACUGGUCAACGGAGGGAGCGGUAUAUCCUAUUCGCGAAGGUCGCAUAGAGAACUGGUCCUGUUUCUUCGCGCUGCUGUCACACAUCUACAACAUGAUAUCUCCGCCUUUCCACAUGCCGGUCCUCUUUGUAUCACAACCGUGCUGGUCCAGCCGCGACAAGGAGAUGAUCACUCAAUAUGUUUUCGAGAACUGGAAAAUCCCCGCCUUCUGUCUCAUGGACGCUGCUCUGACGGCAUGUUAUGCCUAUGGAGUACCCACCGCGUUAGUUGUGGACGUUGGCCAUGGCAAAUCAGACGUAACUGCUGUCACGGAAUUCCAAGUCAACGAAUUUGGCCGUGGUCUCGCGAUCGCAAACUCCGGCGGACAAGCAAUGACAAAGAGAUUGCAACAAGAACUGAAGAAGAACGACUUUGAUGAGGAUAUGGCUGAGCAAUUGAAAAGAAGUCCUAUUUGCGAAAUUCUUCCCUUCGGUGUUCCACUACCCUCCGCAUCGGCCAACGUGGAUACUAUCAAUCCGGCCGCCGCUGCCUCGACAGGAGCACUGGACUCGGGAGCAAAUGCGAAAGACACAGAAGGUUUACGUCCUGGACAACAACCACGCGGCCCUGGCUAUGGCACAGCGGUCGGAAUAGAAGGCAUCAAUGGUGACAAUGAUGAAGAGGAUGAUGGCGUUCUAGAUGUUGCCGCAAUUGUUGCCAGAGACAACGCUGCCGAACUGCUGGCCAAGAGAGAGCGUGAGAAGGCUGAAAAGCUUUUAGCCAAGAGCAAAGGUGGUGCCGAGCCUCCCCGUCCAAUAAGACUGAGAAAUGCCGAAAAAGUACGUGCAAGCUUUACGUACGUGGAAUACCUCCCGAUCGAAGAUUCAGAAGAACCAAAUGCUGUACCGACCGCCCGGAAACGAAAGCGAGAGGUAGAAGUUGGGGUGGAGAGGUUCAAGGCUGCAACACCUGGGCCUGGUAUGACGGAAGGCAUCAUUGAUAGGAUAGCCGAUGCCAUGCAUCAUACCGUACUUAGUGUACCCGAAGUGCCCCAACGAUCGUCUCUAUGGGAGAACUUGAUUAUUCUAGGCAACGGAAGUCGAAUAAGAGGAUUCACCAGCUCCCUUCUAGCGACUCUAAACGCUCGCUACGUGCUCUCGCCCUCCACCGCUACCAUCUUCACAUCCGAACUUCCCUCAAACUUCACGACGCCAGUCGCCACCCCAGGCACCAACACCCCGAUCCCUGGCCAAGGGGGGCACCUCCAACACCAUCUCGGCGGCCACGGCGUCAAUCCGCUCCUUGUAGCUGCCACCAAGAACAUGAUGCAGCCCAACCCCUCAAACCCACACCUUCAAAUCCCCGGCGGCGCAGAUCCAAGCCUGCACCAGAGCCAUCGGGGCUUCAGCCAGUCGCCCACGUCCAUCAAGACAGUCAAGCCGCCCGAGUACUUCCCAGAGUGGAAGGACCCGAGUGUGUCGGGCAUGGAGGAAGCGUCGUUCCUGGGCGCCCAGGUCGCGGCCAAAGUCGUCUUCAUCGUCGACCAGGGUAAUUCCAAGGGCUUCCUUACCCGCACAGGCGGAUUCGGAGUUGAGCGUGUCGUCAUCCUCGACUCUAUCAACAAGCGAUUAGAGACGUUGGGGCUGCUUCGAUUGAUAGGAGGGAUCGAGAAUAACUUGAAUCGGAUUGAGAAUUACCUUUCGUAUCUUCCCUUUCCACUCUUUACUACACAUAUCCUCUACUUUGGUCGGAAAGGUCCCCUCCAGUCGACUAUGCCUCACGCAACGGAGCCAGAAUACAAGCAUAUCCAGCUGACGCAGCUUGCUCCUACGUUUGCUGCCGAGGUCACAGGCGUUGACUUCUCCCAGCCUGUUGGGAAAGAGGUGUUUGAGGAGAUUCGUCGAGCAAUCGUCGAUUAUGGUGUGUUGGUUUUCCGGAAAGCGUCCCUCGACGAUGCUCGCCACGUGGCUUUCUCAGCCCUAUUCGGCGAACUCGAUGAUAUCAAGCCGUAUAUCCUGCUAGGGAGAAAGAAUAGAUUUGCCUUCGACGAACUAUUCGACGUGAGCAAUCUGGAGGACGAUGGCAGCUUGGUGAAACUGGGAAGCAAGAGACAUCACAUGGGAUUGGGCAAUGGGAUCUUCCAUGUCGACUCAAGCUUCAACCCACGGCGAGCAGGCUUUAGUCUUCUUAAUGCGCACAAACUUCCUCCCAAAGGACACGGAGGUAAUACCGAUUUCGCAGACACAAAAGCAGCUUUCCAGGAUCUUCCCGAGGACCUCAAGAAUGAUCUCCUCGAAAAUGAUUUCAUUGGAGCCCACAGCAUAAUGCAUUCGCGCAAAAAGGCUGCCCCCAAAGAUAGCCCGUGGUUGAAAGACAUCGAUCCAAAUGAUUACCCAUUUGGUCGUCACAGCAUUGUGCAGACGCAUGCCAGUGGUCGACAGAAUUUGUACAUUGCCAACCACUUACAUCACCUCGAGUACAAGACACCGCGAUCGAAGGAAUUUGUGCCUACCAAGCAACAGCCUUUCGAGAGGGUGCCCGAAGCUGAAGGUACCGAGUUGAUUGAGAGGCUGCUUGCGCACGCUACUCAGCAGAAGUACCUCUAUAGCUGUGAAUGGGAGAACGUUGGCGACCUGGUUCUCUGGGACAACACUGGCGUUAUGCACAAGGCUGGCAAGGGGACUUUCAUGGAGAAAUAUGCGCGAGAUAUGAGAAGGUAG